AUGCUACCUUCAAAUUUGCAAAGACUUAGUCGCGUUAGCCACGCUGCGAAGAAGAAUUCUCCAAUCCCGAAGAUCGUGGUCCCUGUCCGCGGGACUCUCCUGCACGGUGCGCGCAAUAACAUCAGCCAAAGUGCCAACUUCAAGCAUCCCGGCAGCACUAAUCGUCGCCGUCAUCCUCCUUCAUACGACUAUCAAUACGAAAAGCUCGCCACAGCCAAAGAGCUCGACCAAAGUACCGGAUGGCCCGGGAAGACCGCCAAGUCAACCACCACAAAGCAUUGGUCCGACAAGCCAACCGCAGACAGCGAUGGGAACUACCUGCAUCCCCAAUUUCACGAAUCACUUGCGCUCUUCAAAACCCUCAAGGACGACGAGGGCAAGCUCUUCGAUGCUCGCUUCUUCAGAUUUCUCUUGUCGAGCCCUCAACUUACCGAGUUCACGUCCGACUGGAAGCCUGGCUGUGCUGACGACAUCGAGGCGUAUCUCGCGUCACUGGAGGGGAAAGUGGUAGAGGAAUGGCCGGAGCCGAAUUUUGGUAAAGCGAAGGAUGCUGAGGAGGCUGCAAAGUACUAUGUGUAG